AAAUUUAUCUCUCUACUGAGCAAUUGUACCUGUUUUUUAUUCUAAACGUGUAAAAGUGAAAGUGUUGAAAAGUGUUUCAGUGCAAAUCUUAAAACCCAACUACUGAAUAGUUGCUGUCCGACGCAUAUACGAUAUAUACUCUAUGUAAACACUAGGAAUACAAAAAACUUUCAACUAAAAUGCAUAUCUUACACCGGACCAAUGACCAUCAAUUUGAGGAUCAAAAAUUUAUGAUGGAACGCCUUAGUGGCCAUGGUAGCUUGGGCCUUUCUAGUAGCAGCCCGGCUUAUACAACUCAUUCAGGUGGGCACUCGGGCCGGGGAGGUCCGACGUCCGGACACAGUGGACAUAGUGGUACCCAUGGGUCGGCAGCUACUAUGCAUCACCAAUCACUGCAGUCUGAUUUUCAGCCCCCGUAUUUUCCACCACCAUUUCAUCACUCUGCUCAGAGCCCUCCCCAGCAACAGAAUCACGGACCGCUCGAGUACUUGGGCACGGAUCCCUAUGGACAGCCCCUUUCCUCAUUGCACCACGCCCCACUUCAUCACUACAACCAGUUGGCUGGCCUUAGGUCGACACAAGAUCAACUGGGUAUUCAUAGAACUCAUAGGGACGACUUACAAGGACAUGUUACUCAGCUAUCUCACGGCUUUCCAUACACGGAACGAAGAAGCGAUUACGGCAGUGCAAUAUCAGCCGGAGCUGCACACGGAACCAGACUUGGACAUGAACAUGAAUCUUUGGCCUUACAUCAAGCGUUGCAGAAUGCCGUUGAUGAUGUCCAAGCCCCUGCCCUGGAUGAGAAUGUUGCUUUCAUGUCAGAUUUACCCCUAAUAAAAAGCAUGAAAAGUGGGAAGGAGGCUGGAAACCUGGGCUCUGGAUCGCCCAGCGAGGUGUUUUGUGCAGUUCCGGGUCGACUUAGCCUUCUAUCAAGCACAUCAAAAUAUAAAGUCACAAUUGCCGAGGUUCAACGUAGAUUGUCACCGCCCGAAUGCUUAAACGCGUCUUUACUUGGUGGUGUUUUAAGAAGAGCAAAGAGCAAAAAUGGAGGCCGACUUUUAAGGGAAAAGCUUGAGAAGAUUGGUCUUAACUUACCGGCCGGACGACGAAAAGCUGCUAACGUAACACUACUUACAUCCUUAGUCGAGGGAGAGGCAACGCACCUGGCCAAAGACUUUCACUUUGUCUGCGAAACAGAAUUUCCAGCCAGACAAUUAGCCGAAUACAUUGUGCGACAUCAAACAGAACCCCAGGACUCCUACCGGCGGAAAGAAAUUAUACUUCACUCACAACAAAUUACAAAAGAAUUGAUGCAAAUAUUGAGUCAGGAUCGAACCACUCAUUUUGGAACAAGAUCACAGCAUUUGUUGGAGCCUUCAAUGCAACGGCACUUAACACAUUUUUCUCUAAUAACGCACGGAUUCGGUUCUCCUGCAAUUAUUGCCGUGCUUCACGCUUUUCAGACGUUUCUGAAUGAAUCGCUUAAUUAUUUGGAAAAAUUAUACCCUUCAAACGGAGGCGGAAUGGUAUCUUCAUCUUUGGAUAAAAGUAAACUUGACAACGAUAAAAAAUGA